GCGCGGGAAAGAGACCAAUUUAAACUGUGGCGGGAGAUUGGUUUUCGGCUCCUUGUCCCGCUAAACACCCGCGGCUGAAGAGUCAAUUGGUUGCUCUCAUCUCCUCGCGUUUGAACAUGGUGCGGACUAAAGCAGACGGUGUCCCAGGCACCUACAGAAAAGUGGUGGCUUCUCGAGCCCCCAGGAAGGUGCUUGGUUCCUCCACCUCUGCCACUAAUUCCACGUCGCUUUCGUCGAGGAAAGCUGAAAAUAAGUAUGCAGGAGGAAAUCCAGUUUGUGUGCGCCCAACUCCCAAGUGGCAAAAAGGAAUCGGAGAAUUCUUCAGGCUGUCCCCUAAAGAUUCUGAAAAAGAGAAUCGGAUUCCUGAAGAGGCAGGAAGCAGUGGCUUAGGAAAAGCAAAGAGAAAAGCACGUCCUUUGCCACCUGAUGACACAGAUGACGAAAAAGAAUAGAACUUUUUUAUUCAUCCUUGACUCACGUCUCCUGUUUACUCUGGUAUUCUGGGAUGUAAAUUUGCAUAAAUGUAUGUGUUCCAAUUAGCUUUGUUCAAUAGGCAUUUAAUUUAAAAAAUGAGGCUUACAUUUAGUUAUUCAAAAGCAAGUAGUUACGAUAUUGGUGAGUUUGUAAGAUUAAUUAUGGUUACUUAGCUUAGUACUGAAUAUAAUGCAGUAUUUGGUUUCUUUUACCUGUUACUAAGCUCCUUGUACUUGCUAAAAACAAA